UUCAACAGUCAUUAUAUAUAUAUUAAACUUAAAAUGAGUACUAAUUUUUUUUUGGUUUUCGGUUUAACGCUUGGCUUCGCCGCACAAAAAGCGUCCGGAGUGGAUCACAACCCGACGGACGUGACUACGACGACCACGACGGAAUCGGCUGCGCCCAGCGAAACGGCCGAGGGCGAACUUUCGGCCGUGUUGAACAGGAGGCAGCGGAUCAUCGAGGCGCUGGAAGUCGGCAAGCCGGUGGUGCCGCAGUUCAUCCGGCGGGCCGACCCCGACAACGUGUUCCUCGAGUUUAAGGAGUUCUCCCGCAAACUGAUCGGCGCGUACGAGGCCACGUUCAAUAAAUUCGACAUUGGCGAAGAUGGAUACUUGGACUUGGAAGAAUUAAAGCGAAUGAUGGAGAGAUUGGGCGUACCACAAACACACUUGGCGUUGAAAACCGCGGUCAAAGAAGUCGACGAAGACGGGGACGGCAAAAUCAGUUUCAGAGAAUUUUUGCUUAUUUACCGCAAGGCCCUCGACGGUUCUUUGCCGGUAGACUGCGGUCUCUGCGAAUUGGCCAGACUAACCGAAAUCAACGUGGACGAUGUCGGUGUCAUUGGUGCCAAAGAGUUUUUCGAAGCUAAAAUUGAAUACCAACGUCAGGCGAAUCGUUUCGAGUACGAGUUGAGACAAGAGACGGAAGAGAAAAAAAGGUUAGACGACGAAAAGUCUCGGAGGAAAAUCGCAUUCAAAGAGAAGGCCGCUAUUUUUCAGUAAAAUCUGUGUUCAGGAAAAUGAAAACCUUACCCACAAGAUUAUCCCAUUUCAAAUUAAUCACAUCCCGGCGUCGUAGUCUGUGUGUUAUUAAAAACCAUUAUGCUUACCUUUAUAGUGGGUAUAAUUUAAAAAUACUAAAUUAUUAUAAUUCAAAAAAAUAUGU